AUGUCUUGCCUCCUCCGAUCAAGCAAAUCUAAGCUCUUAUCUUCCUCUUCUUCUCUUUCUAGAGCCUUCUCCUCCGUCCCCCGCUCCAACAACCAGAUCGGAUCCAUCUCUCCCGCCGCCACCGAACUCUUCCACCGCAACUCCGCUACUCUUCCCAUCGUGGAAGAAAACUCUACCAAGGGAUACACGACGGGUUUCCCCAAAAAUCCGAAGAGUAUGCUUGGUGGUAAUUCUAAUGUGAUCAAUUUUUUGAGAUACCAGGCUCUUGGACUGAACACUAAUGUGCUGGCUGGAAAGAGUCCAAUGCUAUUGGGAGUCAGUGCUCUGAUGGCAAGAAACUUUGAGAGAAGUGUGGCUGCUGACACGUUGGGACUGGCUGGUCAGAGACGUUUUAUGAGUGACAUCCCAAGUAAAACCAGUGAGAUAAAGCCGCCUUCCGGUUUUCGCCCAUUAUCUCCUCAUCUUCCUGUUUAUCAGCCCCAGCUUUCUUCAACGCUUUCAAUUUGCAAUAGAAUUGCUGGAGCUUUCCUAGUUGCUGUCACCUUGCUUUUUUAUAUGAUAUACAUGAAAUUGGGUUUGGUUAGUCUCACCUAUGAUUCAUUCUACCAGUUUGUAUUCUAUUCAUCAAAACUCCACCUACUUGCAGUAGAGAUUUCUACCUUAGCUAUGUCUUAUCAUCUGUAUAGUGCAAUUCGUCACUUAUUCAUAUGA